AUGAGCAGGCAGGCUGUCUGGAAAUCCCAAAGUGGAGGUUACAGCAGCGGCUCUGCUGUCCUGCCUGGCAGGAGCCGGAGAGUGGCUGGAAGCUCCUCUGUUCUGAAAAUUGGAAGCUGUUCUGGAGGCAGAGGGGUCGGCUCUAGCAGCCGGAGCCUUGUCAACCUCGGUGGGCACAAGAGCAUCCUUACCAGUGUGGCAGGUGGAGAUCAAGGAAGCCUGGGCUAUGGAAGCUGCACAGUGGUGGGCCUUGGAAGUGGACGUUUAAGUGGUGGCAGUUUUGGAGCAGGAGGCUUUGGCCUAGGUGGUUUGGGAGGAGUUGGUCUAGGCGGUGGGUCCUUUGGCCCUAAUAUCUACCCUGGUGGGAUCCAUGAAGUGGUUACCAACCCGAGCCUAUUGGUGCCUCUGGAUGUGAAGAUAGACCCUGAGGUCCAACAGGUGAAGACUCAGGAGCGGGAGCAGCUUAAGGCCCUCAACAACCAAUUUGCUACCUUCAUUGACAAGGUGCGGUUCCUGGAGCAGCAAAACCAGGUCCUGAAGACCAAAUGGGACCUACUUCAGCAGGUGAAUGUCAGUACUGGCACUACCAAUCUGGACUCCGUCUUUGAAGCCUACCUCAGCAGCCUGCGGGCCCAGGUGGACAAUCUCAAGUCCCAGAAGAGCCACCAGGAUGCAGAGCUGCAGACAACUCAGGACUCAAUGGAAGACUUCAAGAAGAAAUACGAAACAGAAAUCAACACCCGUACAAAUGCUGAGAAUGACUUUGUGGUGCUUAAGAAGGAUGUGGAUGCUGCCUACACAGUUAAAGUUGACCUCACCACUAAAGUGGACAAUCUGCAGCAAGAAAUCGAAUUCCUCACAGUUCUGUAUGAGACUGAAUUGGCCCAAGUGCAUCAAACUGUAAGUGACACCAAUGUGGUCCUUUCCAUGGAUAAUAAUCGUACCCUGAACCUAGACAGCAUCCUGGAGGAGAUCCAAACUCAGUAUGAAGAUAUUGCCCAGAGGAGUAAGACAGAAGCUGAUACCUUGUACCAGGCCAAGUACCAAGAGCUCCAGAUCACUGCAGGGAAACAUGGUGAAGAUGUUAGGGUACUCAGGACUGAGAUCAGUGAGCUGAGCCGGACCAUUCAGAGACUACGUGCAGAAAUCGACCGUGUCAAGAAACAGAAUGCUGCAGUGGAACAGGCCAUCUUGGAGGCUGAGCAGAAAGGCGAGAAGACUGUCAAAGAUGCCCAUGACAAGCUGGCCCAGCUGGAGCAUGCCCUGCAGCAGAGCAAGGAAGAACUCACUCGGCUGCUUCGGGACUACCAGGAUCUGCUGAAUGUCAAGUUGGCCCUCGAUGUGGAGAUUGCUACCUACAGGAAGCUGCUGGAGGGAGAAGAGGGCAGGCUUUCUGGAGACGUGUCCAGUGCUGUGAGCUAUUCUGUGGUUACCAGCAGUGUCUCAUCUACUGGGGUAGCAUCAACAAGCCUUGGUCAUGGGAGCAAGAGCUCUGGAGAUGGAAGCAACAGAUACAGCUCUGGAGUUGAAUAUAGCUCCAGCACCAGGUCUGGCUCUACGCCUGCUACUUCUGGAUCUGCAGGGGCCAGCUCUGGAUCUGGAACCCAAGAAUCUAGUUCUACGAAGACCCAGGGUUACAGCUCAGGGCAGGGAAGUCAGGAGGGCUACCAUACCCGAGUGAAGUUCUAA